GGAGAAGCUAGCACGCCGGACUGAGAAGUGAGACCGUGACACUGGUGCGCGAGCAAUGCGUAAAAAAUACAUGUACUGCACCGCCUGGAAGGAAUAACAGUGAUUCGCUAUACAUUUGCCGGGGCUUCACAGUGUACUACCUCCAAGCAUAGAGCAAGGAACACAGCUCGUCUGAUUUCAGCAUAGAGCAAGGAAUUUCAGUUCAGCAUCACAACUCAUCCUAGCUGAUACGUGCGUUCUUUGUUUUAGAUAUGCAUCUGAAGGUGCUGAUACUUGGUGGAGGAAAUGGUGCCCACGUGCAUGCAGGUAUCGCGGCCAGCAACCCUGACAAUGAGGUUCGGGUGUUGAGCUUAUUCCAAGACGAGGCUGAACGCUGGAGUAAAGCUCUUGAAAGCUCAGACCUCGUGCUCGACUACACGGACGUGGAUGGGAAAGAACAGCAGUUUGUUUCAAAACCUGGCUUGAUUACCAACGACCCCAAAGUAGCUGUGCCGGGAAGUGACAUCAUCGUGUUUGUUGUUCCUGCUUUUGCACAUGCGCAGUACUGGGAAGCAUUGAAGCCUCAUAUGGAGCCAGGCAUGGUUGUCAUAGGAAUGCCUGGUGCAGCUGGCUGGGAGUUCCAAGCUUAUGAUAUUUUAGGGGACAAAGCGAAAGGGAUCACAUUCUUUAAUUUCAACUCUCUGCCAUGGACCUGUCGCGUGACAGAGUUUGGUAAGAGGGCUGACAUCGUUGGCUUCAAGGAACAUUUUGUGGGCGCCAUCAGGAAAGGCAGAGUGGAACCGAAGGUUGACCCAUUGAAAGCCAUCCAGCAAUCUCUUGGCCCCCUCCCAGUAUGCGCAGCCUACGGUGACCUUCUAGGGAUGACCUUAACCUACACCAAUGCUUUUAUUCAUCCUUCAAUCAUGUAUGGGAGAUGGCAUGACUGGGACGGUAAGCCGGUGAGCGAGUCUCCUCUCUUCUAUCAGGGCCUGGACCAAACGUCCGCAGACCUGCUCUCGAGUGUCAGUGGUGAGAUUGUAGCCAUUGCCAAGGCCAUCUGCGCCAAGAAUGCUGAUAUCGACUUGUCCAAUGUCAAACAUAUAUCUGAUAUCACGUUAGAUUUUUACGCCGAUGACAUCGAAGACAAGAGCUCAUUCCUACGGAUGAUGCAGAGCAACAAAGCGUACGAAGGAUUGCGUCACCCCGUCACCAAUAAUGAAGGUGGCGGUGUGAGCCCCAAUUUCAAGUUCCGAUACCUUUGUGAGGACGUCCCAUUUGGUCUGGUUGUACACCGGGGUAUCGCUGAAAUCGUCGGCGUUCCUACACCGAACAUCGACAAAAUCAUCACAUGGGGACAGGGCUUAAUUGGUAAAGAGUUCUUAGUCGACGGUAAAAUCACAGGGAAGGAUAUUGGAAUGACGAGAGCUCCACAGAGGUACGGGUUCACCACUUUGGACGCCAUAUUGGGUGAUCAUUUGUGAACUAUGUAGUGAGUAUCGGUAGCAAAUUACAAUCGACAUUUUCACCAACCUAUUUAACACAAACGCAUGACGAUAAAUAUAAUGCAUGGUAACCGAAGUAACAGAAAUAUGACUAUGCCGACUU